UUGUUCACGGUCCUUCUGGUCCUCUGGUUGCUCCUCUGGGAUCUUCAGUGGUUUUGCUCUGUUAUGUUAAUGAACUCUUAGUAAUGGAGGAUCUGGAGGUGGAAUGGACAAGAACAGACUCUGAGACUCUGGUUCAUCUGUAUCAAGAUGGUGAGAGUCGACCAGAGUCCCAACAGCAGGAAUAUCGUGAUAGAGCUCAUUUCUUUACUGAUCAGAUUCAACACGGAAACUUCUCCCUCCGUCUGGACAAUCUGAGAGCUGAAGAUGAGGGACGAUACACAUGUAGAGUUCACAGUCAGCAGGAUUCUGGAGAAACUGUGGUUCAAAUAAAAUAUGUUGGUGAGUGUGGAUCUCAUGAAUUUUUCCCAUCAUUUUCCCAUAUGAUUUUCCAAAACUUUUUAAUCCGGGACAUAAAUUUCCUGCUGUGAUAUUUUACUUGUCUUUCAGAGCAUUUGCUAGUGUCAGGAUCAGAUGAGUCCAUAUCUGUGUCUGUGGGUGAGGACGUCACUCUGAGCUGCUCUGUAGACUCUCACAUCACACCUGAACACAUUGAAGAGGUUUUAUGGAGGAAAACAGAUGAAGAUAUUCUGGUUCUGCUCUUCAAAAACAAUAAGACUUUACCAGAUACAUCAGAUGAGCGAUACAGAGAUAGAGUUGAGCUCUUCACUGCUGAGAUCCCCAAAGGAAACUUCUCUCUCAGACUGAAGAGUGUCAGAACUGAGGAUAAAGGAGUUUACAUGUGUUUAGUGUUUGCUGGAGGACUUUCAGCCAAUGCAACUGUAGUACUGGAGCAACUGGGUUUCUCAAUUUUACACACAAUGGUGUUGAUUCUUUGUAUUACUGCAUCUGGAUCUGCACUUCUGCUCUGCUUUAUAAUCUACUGCACAUCAACAAAUAAGGCCCCCAGUGAAUCCGCUGUGAAAAAACGUAUCAGGACUCUUGGAUAUCUUCAUGUGUUUCUUCCAAAUAUUAUGAUGUUUGUGGCCUUUGUCCUCUGGGGUGUUACUGAAGGUUUUCUGUAUGAGACGGUCUCUUGCUGUGCUCUUUAUAUACUGAGGCCUCUGAUGUUGCUUUAUGUUGCGCCAUAUUUAGAGAAGACGUCAGGUGAAGCUCUUUUCACUGAAAUCAUCAUUUUCAUAGUAGUUUAUGUUUCAGUUCUUAUGUGUCGUGCUUGGGAAUCAGUUGUACAUUAUGCCAAAUCAGACAAAAUCGUGGUAUUGGCUGUGUAUGGCGUAAUGAUUCUGUUUAUUGUCAUCGGCGUCAUUUACGUUUUGUCUAAAAAGAAGGAGAUGCCAUGCCAUGGAGCGAUAUGUAAUUGGAUAUGGGAUCAAUUAGCAAUUGCAUCUGGAUUUAUCUUUUUAAUUCUUCCUUCAUUGCAAUUUGCUGUUGUGUACUUUGCUUUUGGAGCUGCCAGAGGAGGGUAUUAUGUGUCCAUAGCUGUCCCAGUUUUCUAUUUUCUCUCAUUUUCCUGUUUGUUUAAACUACAGGGAGGGAAAAGCUGUAAGUAUGUGAUAAAUUAUUUUGUCUGUAGUUAUGAUUAUUUUCAUGUUCAUAUUCAGUCAUCUCAUUUAUAAUGAUUCAACAUCUUUUUUCAGGUUUAGAAUUACUCAAUAAAACAGCAUGGAUAAUCUACAUGUUUAUCA